UCAUCUAACUUCAUGACUGCGUUACCGUGAAGUUCAAAGUUCCUGACGCCUGUAGGUGUUCAUAAGCUCCCAAAAGACAUCAUCUGUGUUUAAUCCGGCAGUGAGAGGAGCCACUGAUUUAUACAGUAGUUUCAUUUUUGCCACAUUUAAAAACACAAUGGCGCGAGUGGAAGGAAACAAUGUGACUGUUUCUCAGGGGGUUCGUAUGCUGUUCAGUCUAAUGACUCCUAAUGAAUCAUCAUUCGCGACUCUACAAGAGGUGCCAAAAUAUGUUAAUCAGGCCACACCAUAUUUCAUUGGUUUGAUAUUAUUGGAGGUUGUGUUGGGAUGGUUAAAGACAGAUGGCCCUCGCAUCAAGAUCAACGACUUCAUCACGUCUUUGUCCGCAGGGAUGAUGUCCCGUCUGCCUCAGCUCAUGAUGAGAAGUUUGGAGCUGUCAGCUUAUAUUUAUGUCUGGAACAACUUCCGUUUAUUGGAGCUUCCCUGGGAUUCAGCUUGGACGUGGUGGCUUGCGUUUUUUGGUGUGGACAUGGGAUACUACUGGUUCCAUCGAUUUGCCCAUGAGUUAAACUUCCUGUGGGCUGCUCAUCAGGUUCACCACAGUUCUGAACACUACAAUCUGUCGACGGCACUACGCCAAUCUGUCACUCAGCAGUUUUCCUCAUGGCUGUUUUACCUUCCGUUGGCGCUGAUGGUCCCUCCGUCAGUGUUUGCAGUGCACAUACAGUUUAACCUGCUGUAUCAGUUCUGGAUUCAUACUGAGUUGGUCAAAGAUCUUGGACCUCUUGAGUGGAUCCUUAAUACUCCCAGCCACCAUAGAGUUCAUCACGGGCGAAAUCCAUAUUGCAUCGAUAAGAAUUAUGCAGGAAUUCUGAUUAUAUGGGACAAGAUGUUUGGUACGUUCACUCCUGAAAGUGAUAAAGUUGUUUAUGGGCUCACACACCCAAUCAACACAUUUGAAGUCUGGUCUGUUGAGUUCCUUUAUUACCCGUACCUGUGGCAGAGGUUCUGGGAGGCUGAAGGAAUUUCAAAUAAGCUGUCUGUCAUUCUUAAAGGGCCAGGCUGGACUCCAGGAAAACCAAGACUGGGAGACAUUGCUGAUAUACCCCAGAUUACAGGAGAGGAAAUGCCUUACGAUCCAGCAUGGUCUUCUUCGAUGCAAGCCUAUGUGUUCAUACAGUUCAUGCUUCUCUUGGAUGUAUAUAACAACUUGUUAAUGGAUCAAACGAUACUUUCUGAAAUGACUGUACUUCUCAUGACUGCCUACGUAUUACUUUCUCUAACCUCUCUGGGCUUCCUGAUAGAUCAAAGGGCUAACGCAGCUGAACUGGAGAUGAUGAGAUGUGUUUUGAUAAUGGUGCUUUUUCGGUUUGGUUACAUUAAACCUCUGGUGCCACUUUUGGCUUUUCCAAUUCAGGCCUUUGUCAUAAUCUCUGCAAUCUACUGGAGUUUACAGUGUGUGAACCAGCUAACUAACAGGAUGAAGAAACAAAACUAGAUAAGACACCAGCUGACAACAAUUAACCUCAUAUUGACACAUUUCACAGAGACAGUUUUACAAAUCAUUUUCCUUGCAAACUUUUAACACUGAUUUUGGUUUACCAUUGAAAAGAUGCUAUUAAAAUGGUAUUAUUGAAGAUAUUAACGCACUAACGACAUAUGUAUUGUAAAGACAAUAAGGUUCUCAAAGUGCUCAGAAUGGUACAAACCAGCUUAAAACUACCUUUUCAGCCUUAAGCACAUGUAAUGCAUGAAGUAAAUUAAACUUAGAAGGUACCAAUUUAUACUAACUGUAGCUUUAUCUGCAUGCAUACCAUUAUUUGAAAAGUGUUUUUUGAAAGACUGUGUGUAGAGGUUUUACAUUUUAGAUCAGUUUUAUCAUACAGAAUCUACCUGAGCUCUUACUGACAACACAAAAGACCAACAUGCAUUUAUUUUUAAAUGUGAUUUUACCAUGUAAUAUUUUAUAGCUAUAUGUUGUAUUUUAGGAAAAAUCUUUUUAUAAACCAGUAGAGGCUGGUUGUUAGUCUUGGUGUGAUCUCAUGUAAUUCUAAAAGUUACCACCAGGUGGUACUAGCAGGGCCACUAAAAUUGUGUCCCCAUUUCAUUCAGUAGACUACUGAUGUUUAUUGAUCAUUUCAUUGUUUGUUGACAGACAGUUUCAGUGGAGACUAAUUCCUAUAGGACAAACCACUGAUUUUUACAAUUAAUUGUAAAAGUAUUUGUUUUGAAUUAUUAUUGUUGUUAUCAUUAUCAUUAUUAAUGGUGAAAAUAAAUAAAAUAAGAAUUC